UGAAACUAUUUUUUUUGUUAUUUUCAGUCAAAACUAUCGUUACACAAAUCCCACCAUUGUACCUGUUAUUUGGAAAUACCCAAAAUCAAAUAAAAAAUUGACCACACCUAUGAGAACAGAGAGAGAACAAGGAAGCGAGAGAUCAGAGACGAAGCUUUCCAGAAAAGUACUGAACUUUCGAUUCCCUCUUGUUCAUGAAUCAAUACCCAAGUCGACAAUUUUGGAAGCCAAAGAUUCGAUUUUGGAGUCUCUCAAACCUGAAGGGAGCCCUUUGAUUGUUAGAUUUGAUUUCGUCUCGAGCUUUUCGUUGGAUCCGAGAAAAAGGUUUUGUGCUCUGAAGAAUCUGAGGUUGAGCUAAGGCACACGUCGAUUGAUUUGUUCCUUUGGUGUUCUGUCAAAAGGUCUGUUGUCAAAAUCUUCUCUGUUUUGGUUCUGUUUUUAAAAUCCCAUGUUAUACACAAAAGACAGAGAAUAUUUUGACAACAAACCUUUUAAUCCUGAAGAGUAUAAGCAAGUCUAGUAAAGUUUAUUUGUUCUUUUCAUGUUCUACUCUAUGGUCAACUAAUGUUUGUGAGCUUGAAAACUAUGUUAGGUUUUUGAUCGUGACUCUCUUUGCUUCUCUAUUUUUUCUACAGCUUUGGUUCACCCAAAUAAUCUUUGCUUCAACUCUCCAAACUCAAAAGCUUGAGGAAGUAUUCUUCUACGAGACUGCUUGCCAAGUAUGAAAGCUAAGGUAGUAGAUUAGAGCUUUGGUUUUGUCCUUCCAAGUAUGCAAGCUAAGGUACUGCUUGACAAGUAUGCAAGCCAAGGUACGCAAUGCUGAUUUUCUAAUUUUUGUUUUGGAUAAAUAUGCAUCUUGUUGAUAUCUUUAUGGGCUGCUCCUUAGAAAAUUGAAUAAUAUGAUGGGUUUUUUUCGUUUAGUUGUUUAAUUAGGGUUUAGGUAGGUAUGCACAUAUAUAUAAAAUCAGUAACAUGGAGAAGAGCUUACAAAACUGAUAGGAUACGAGCAUCAAUCAUCUCUUUUAUUUGUCAAAGUGAGUAUUCUUUUUCAUCACUUUGGCUUACUGGAAUGUGUAGUUUCAGAUUGGUUUCAUUAUUUUGUUUAGUUUCAUGAAUUUGGAUGAUGUUUGUCUUUGAAUAUUGUUCCUUUUAUGGGUUUGAGUCUUUUGACGAUCAAUAUAAAAUCUGUUAAUUCGCUAUUUUAGAUAUGGUUUUACAAAGACUAUAGAUUUAUUAUCUUGGUUCUUAUAAUCUUGUGUUGUUAUAUGACUAGUUACCUUCCAAACAAUGGGAGAUCCAAAAGACGUAAAAGGUAAAGGUCAAUACCACUCAUGGUCUGGACCUGAGCACAAGUUGUUAUUGAGGUUACUAGUGGAUGCAAUCAAUCAAGGUUUUCGUGAUGCCAGCGGCAAAUUCAACAAAUUGACGGUCGAAUCCAGAAUACUAACAACUCUACAACAAGAAGUUGGAUCUAAAAAAACCUACGGUCAGUAUAAAAAUAGGAUGAAAAUCUUGAAGGGUAGGUACCAAGUGUUUGCUGAUUUUCUUCGUUGUAGUUCUGGUUUUGGGUGGGACUCUGAAACGAAAAAAUUCACAGCAGAUGAUGAAGUAUGGAAGGUCUAUUUGCAGGCUCAUCCAAAUAAUAAAUAUCUGCGUGAUGAUUCGUUUGAAGAUUUUGAAGAGCUAAGGACUAUAUUUGAACAAAAUACUGCAACUGGGCAGAAUGCUGUGGGACUAGGUGAUUCUGUUGAUGCAGGAUCCUAUCAAUUUGAAGAGAACGAGAAGACAAAUGAUAAUGAUUUUGUCCACGUGAUAGAUGAGGGAGGAGGAAUAGAACACCAGCAAACAUGUGAACCUUCAUCAAGAAAAAGCAUUGGAGAAAAGCUUUCACAUAGAAAGAAAGCUAGGACGGAUGCAUAUAACUCGGAAAGGGUUUGUGAGGAAGUUACAGAAAUCAGUAGCCAAAUUUUUGACAUGAUUCAGAAAAGAUGGGUGAAGGAAUCUGAAGAAAAAGAAGCUGAAGACAAAGCUAACAAUGUUUGGGAUGCUAUCAAGGAAAUUCCUGACUUGGAUGAUGAUUUGCGUUAUGAGGCGAUGACCCUUGUUCACACCUUAGGCAUGAAAUCUGGUUUCGUGAAUAUGUCCAUAACAGAUCGUUGUGGAUGGAUUAAAAGAAAUCUCUGUAAACCAAGUGGCUGAAGUAACAUGAUCGGAGUUCUAAAGAUAGUUCGUCAUCUUGGAGUUUUUAUUUCUUUAAAGUUGAGUUUUUAUUAUUACUUUAGCUAUGGUUUUGUUUUUUCUUUGCAGAAUUGUUAUGAUUUUUGUUCUUUAUAUGUUAUGGUUUUUGUUUUU